AAGUUUUAUUUAAGUAAUUAUUGGAAUCCCUGCUGGUCAAAUUUGAGCAGCUCAUCUGAAAUUUCCAAGCUGGAACAUUCAUGAACCUCCUAACCAACCCAAUAAACAAAACUUACUCUUAUGUGCGCGUAUAAAUACCUCUCUGCUUACUCAAUUUACAACGGCAGAAAAAAUCCAUUUAAUUCAACAGCAACAUCAAGAUGGCUGGAGACAAAGUGAAGGUUUUUGGGAUGUGGGCAAGCCGCUUUGCGCUGAGAGUAGAGUGGGCUCUCAAGCUCAAGGGAGUUGACUAUGAGUACAUCAACGAAGACUUGCCCCAUAACAAGAGCCGAGAGCUUUUGCAGUAUAAUCCUGUCACCCAGAAGAUCCCCGUGCUCGUGCACAGAGGAAAGGCCGUAGCCGAGUCGUCGGUGAUCGUCGAGUACAUUGACGAGGCUUGGGGUGACGGAUACAGCAUCAUGCCGAGGGAUCCAUUUGAACGCGCACAAGCGCGGUUCUGGGCGAAAUUUGUAGAAGACAAGUGCUUGCCUUCAAUCUACCAAGUUUAUUUUAAGACCGGAGAGGAGCUACAAAAGGCCGUCAUAGAGGUUCAAGAGAGCUUAAGGACACUCGAAGAGGCUCUCAAGGGGAAGAAGUUCUUCGGGGGCGAAAACAUCGGAUACGUGGACAUAAUCGCCGGCUGGAUUCCUUACUGGCUUCAUAUGAUCGAAGAUCUCGCCGGAGUCAGCAUACUGAGCGACGGGAACUUGCCGUUGAUCAAUGCGUGGUUCAACGCGUUCUUGGACGUGGAGGCGGUGAAGGAGGCGUUGCCUCCUAAGGAUAAACUGUACGCUUUCAAUAGGGAUAGAAGAGAGAAGAUCAUUUCAGGAGAAUUGAACUACAAGAGGUGACGAGAUUGGCAUUAUUGUAAUAGUUAUUAGCAUAAUAAGGAACUCCGAGUUGGUAUUUUCUAUUGAUGGCAGCAAAAUAAGAGUGAUUUUUGUGCUGGUAUUUUCUAUCGAUGAAAGAGAAAUAAGAGCGAUAUAUUGCGGUGUGGUGGAUGUAUCUCGUUUAUUUUCACAGGUCUGAAGUCAAAGAAGAAGAAGAAAAAAAAUCAUAUAUUUACUAAAGAAUACAUGAUACCUGUC